GGGCUACAACAACACAGAUAUUGACAUUUUAUUUUAACAUUACAUAAAUUGUCAAAAGCUGGUGGAAAUUGUUGAAUUCCCGCUGAACAGUUUGCAGAAUGGCGGCUCUAAUUAGGAAUCUGGGCGCCCGUGCCGCAGUCGCCGCUCUGUCGGCCAAACAUGUGAUGCCCGCUGCAGGAUCGGCUGCUUUCCGCAUGGCCAGCACGGCGCCCGUGGAGCCCAAGAAGGCGGAUAAGCCCACUGUCCGCCAGCCGGAUGCAGUUGCUCGCUCCCAUCUCUCCGAUUUCGGUCGCUAUGUGGCCGAGUGCCUGCCCAAGUACGUGCAGAAGGUCCAACUGACCGCUGGCGAUGAGCUGGAGGUGCUGAUUGCCCCCGAGGGCGUGGUGCCGGUGCUGCAGUUCCUCAAGGAUCACCACCAGGCGCAGUUCACCAAUCUGAUCGAUAUUGCCGGCGUGGAUGUGCCCUGCCGCAAGCACCGCUUCGAGGUGGUCUACAAUCUGCUGUCGCUGCGCUACAACUCGCGCCUCCGCGUCAAGACCUACACCGAUGAGCUGACUCCCCUGGAUUCCGUCUGCGAGGUCCACAAGGCGGCCAACUGGUACGAGCGCGAGAUCUGGGACAUGUACGGCGUGUUCUUCGCCAACCACCCCGAUUUGCGCCGCAUCCUGACCGAUUAUGGCUUCGAGGGACAUCCCCAGCGCCGCGACUUCCCUCUGUCCGGCUACGUGGAGCUGCGCUACGAUGAUGAGAAGAAGCGCGUCGUCUGCGAGCCUUUGGAAUUGGCCCAGGAGUUCAGGAAGUUCGACUUGUCGGCCCCGUGGGAGCAGUUCCCCAACUUCCGCAACGCCAACCCGCCCGCCGAGGUCGUGCCCCCCAAGGCUGCUGAUCCGGCCAAGAAGUAAUCCCCCAGUCGGUUUGUUAAAUGGUAAUUAGAUCAAUAAAACGAGAUCAAUAUGAGAUGUGGUAUAACCAAAAA